AUGCAAUCCUCUACCUCCUCGACAGGUUUUGGAAACCUGCUCAACCCGGACAACUCUACUACUACUACUACUACUACUCAACAUCCCCACCACCUUACUGCAAACUCGACACCAAAUUCUUCCAUGGCUACUGCUACCGUCAGCCUCAUGGCGCCCCUGCUCCAGAACGCCCCGCAGCAACAGUCCCAGGACGAGUCUCGAGUAGACCUGCCCCGGCCUUACAAGUGUCCUUUGUGCGAUAAGGCUUUUCACCGUCUUGAGCACCAGACUCGCCAUAUCCGAACCCACACGGGAGAAAAGCCCCACGCCUGCACUUUUCCAGGAUGCACAAAGAGAUUCUCCCGUUCUGAUGAACUCACUCGCCACUCGAGAAUACACAACAACCCCAACUCAAGGAGGGGCAAAGGCCAGCAACAUGCUGCUGCCCACCAGGCUGCUGUAGCAGCGGUUCAGGCUGGCCUCAUGGAGUCCGCUUCCAGCAAUGCGUACAUGAUGCCUCCUCCGCCAAAGGCCAUCUCACGCAGCGCUCCCGCCUCCAACAUCAGCUCACCCAAUGUCUCGCCGCCUCACUCGUUCUCGAACUACUCGCCCAGCAUGGGCAACGAUCUGGCAGCGUAUCGCUCGUCAGGUUUCAACAGCACCAGCACUAGCAGCAGCACCAGCCCCAACGGUCUGUCUCGUCCCAUGGAUCUGCUAGCCGACGCUGCGUCAAGGCUCGAACAAGGUCCCGGCCAUCGCGCGCACUCGAGUCGACACCACCUCACCAGCGCUUACCACCCGUAUGGCAACCGACUACCGGGACUCUCCCAGUACGCGUACUCGUCACAGCCAAUGUCUAGAUCACAUUCGCACGAGGACGAUGACCCGUAUGCGCAUAGAAUGACCAAGAAGUCAAGACCUGGCUCGCCCAUGUCGACUGCCCCGCCUUCGCCAACAUUCUCGCACGACUCUGCGAGCCCCACGCCCGACCACACGCCCCUGGCCACACCUGCACACUCACCUCGACUAAGACCACACGGCUUCAACGAUCUCCAGCUCCCGCAUCUACGCCACCUGAGCUUGAACCAAAACUAUGUGCCCGCUCUCGCGCCCAUGGAGCCCCAAACGGAUCGCGAGCUGCCCUAUGUCCCGAGCCAGUCCUCGGGCCUGCGUAUCGGCGACAUCAUCUCAAAACCAGAAGGCGCACAGCGUAAACUGCCUGUGCCGCAAGUUCCCAAGGUCGCAGUGCAAGACCUGCUCAAUGGCCCAAGCAACAGCGGUUUUUCUUCCGGAAAUUCCUCCGCCACGGCUUCGUUAGCCGGCGAAGACCUGUCGCAUCGCGUCUAA